AUGUCUUGGAAGACUCCCCACAGAUCAGAUGCAAUGCCUGAGAUCAUAGUGAAAAUCAUUGGAAGUAAAUAUUUCCGAUAUAUCGUCGAGAAGCCAACAAUCAAGCAGGAGGAAAUCCUGAAGGAGGAAACCCAAAUAGCUCCCCAGAACCCCAACCCCAUGGCUGGUAAUGCGAAGCAGAUGAGCAACAAUGCUGAGGCUCACACUGGCCACUCUGAUCAGCAAACCAGGGAUAACCCAUGUGAUGUGAAAGAUAACAACCAGAAACUCCUAACAGGAACACAUGCCAAUAGAUCUGCAGAUGGCCAAAGUCCCAGGCAUACAAAUGCCCAUUGCUACUCUGUACCAACUGGAGACCAGGCCUUGUCCUAUAUUCAUGGUCUCCCCAGGAGAAAGCUUACAGAUUCAUCUUUGGAAGUGAUGGCAAGGAGCAGCAGUUCUGGUCAAGCUGAGGAAAUUGGCCAGAGACCAAAUGGAAUGCAAAGAGAAGAUGCUUUUCUCCUUUCCCUGAUCAGAAGAGAGCUCAAGUCAAACUCCUUGAACUCCAGCGUGUUACACGGCCUUUGGAAAGAACUGAAGACCUUGGACCCCAUCUCCUCAGGAUUUCUCCUCCAGUCUCAGCUGAGCUACCUCCUUAUAAAGCACCAAGUUCCUCUGCCAAUACCUACAGUCAAGCUCCUUUUCCAGCGAUUCUCGAAGAGAGGUUCUCCUGAAAUGGUAAAUUAUGAAAACCUACUAUGGUUUUUAAAUGAUGCAAUUUCAGAUGACACACAGCAAAAUGAAACAUUUGUGGACAGCAACCUGAAGAAAACUCAGAGUCAUAGUAAUCAUGCCCAAAGCGCCUUACCUCAAGGCUCCAGCUUGCAGUCUGAAAUAAACAAGAGCCUGCUGGGGAUUUUGAAGAUGGCAUUAAAGGUAGCCAAUGGUAGACCUAACAUCACAAACCUCAACCUGAGUUUUCGAAAAGAAGAUCACUCAUUCUCUGGCUGCCUCCCUCUACCCAAGGUCAGAGCUAUAUGUGGGAGGCAUGGAUUAUUUAUAACAUUGAACCUUCUGGAAACAUUGCUUAACUACCAAGAUUUGGGUUAUCAAGGGGAAAUAAGAUGGCAGAAGUUUGUUGAAUUGCUGAGACAAGCUUCUUCAGAUUUUCCUGAUUUGCCUGCAGGGAAGAUUGCAAAGGAUUCCCCUACCACUCCAGGGAAGCCUUGGGUCCACAAGAUAGAUGAAUGCAAAACUGAACAUGUGAAAAUUCCAGAAGAGAAAGAGCAGCCAGAAAGCCCUCUUGCGGAGACUUCAGCCCCACAAGAUCCUCUGAGCUCUUUGAAGAUCAGGCCGGCCUCCCAGCCUCCCAUGAACCCAACCACGAAGAACAAGCCUGAAGAAUGUGAGAUGUGGAUAGACAGGUUCAGAAAGCUGGAAAACGCCCUCUACCUGUGUGAUCCCAGAAACACAGGGCUUCUGGAGAAGGAACGAGCCAGACGCCUAAUUCAUAACUACAAUGUCAUUUACAACCUGUCCCUCAGCCCUUGGAAAAUCAACCAGGCUUUGCAGAAAUUUCGCAAAGGGGAAGAUUUGGUGUUGGAGCCAGCUCUGCGGUACUUGAAGGAGCUGUAA